AUGGUUCUAUUGCGAUCUGGUCUGGCUGCUGGCGAGGGCGAAGGGUUGCAGGCUUCUGAUGUAGGGACUUCAAUGGGGCAACCCCCCGUCGUCCCAAAUGAUCAGGAACGCGUCACAGCGUUGGAACAACUGGUGAACCAAUUAGUCCAGCAAAAUGUGAUGAUUCUGCAACGCUUAGCCGCCCCCAACGAGGAGAGAAACAAUGAAGUACCCAACGAUGACUCCCGUAGGGUUAACAACAAUGUUGAGCUUAGUCAAAUAGCGGGUCAACAGAGGAGCCAUCACCAUCGGUCCCCUGAACGGAAUACCACCAGGCUCCGUGGAGAUACUUCUAGUUAUGUUGGAGACAAGAAUGAGGACGCCACUCAGUUCGAUCUAAAGUUGCAGGAUCUGAAAGCUAAGGUUGACGAUGUCAUGCAAGUGAUGAAAGGGAAGGGCCAGGCUGCAGUGAACGAUAUAGUACAAAAGACUAACCUAGCUUUUAGCCCAGCUGUUAUGAGUUGUCCUCUACCUAGCAAAUUCAAGAUGCCAACUCUUGAGAGCUUCGAUGGGACGCGGGACCCUCUCGACCAUUUGGAGACCUACAAAGCUCUUAUGUAUUUUCAAGCCGUACCGGACGAGAUUAUGUGCAGGGCUUUCCCUACCACACUUAAGGGUUGGGCUCGUCUCUGGUUCAAUAAAUUAAAGCUAGGCUCCAUUGAAAACUUUGAAGAGUUAAGCAAACAAUUCAUAGGACACUUCAUCGCUGGGCAGAAGUACAGGAGACCAGUAACACAUUUACUUAAUGUGAAGCAGCAGAAGGAAGAGUCCCUUCGUGAUUACAUAAGUCGUUUUAACACUGAAAUGCUGCAAGUUGAAGAGGUGGACGACAAGGUUGCCCUCACAGCCUUUAUGGGAGGACUACAGACUUCUAAGUUCCUAUUUUCCUUAUCAAAUGAAGCCCCUACAAGCAUGACAGAGUUGAUGGUUAGAGCGCGGAAGCACAUGAACGCUGACGAUGCUAUAAAUGCACGAAAAAACAAAGAUAGUGAAGAUAAGAGGUCGGAUAAGAAGAGGCCAGCACCUAGCACUCGGGAGGAAAGGGAAUUGAAGUACAAGAAAUUCUCAAACAACCAGGCUGACAGAUCGUUUCGCCGCCCAGCGAGCCCAGGCAGGUAUAAUAACUAUACCCCCCUAAAUACAUCUGUAGAACAAGUCUUUCUGCAGAUUCAAGAUGACGCAUCAUUGAAAUGGCCACCAAAGCUAAAAGCUGAUCCAACAAAGAGGUCUCGAGAUAAAUACUGUAGGUUUCACCGGGACCAUGGACAUAACACAGAGAAUUGUUUCGACCUCAAAAACUAG